AGAUAUAACGCCCACCACCGCACCGAUUGAAGCACGAACAUAGCCAGUUCUUCCCUCUCUUAAUCGAGCGCAAGCCAUAAGACUAAAUCAACAAAACCUCCUCCCUUUCGCAUCCCGCAGCACGACCAACAACAACAUAUCCCCACCCGCCCGCCAUCGCAGUAAACAAUUGGCGUUCCCCACGAACAACAGCGUACACCCUCCCACUCGCAAGAAGCCCUGCACACAAUGGCAACAGACACCCCACCCCAGCACCUCUCCGCCUCCCAAACCUCGCAAAGUGGCGCCACCGGCGCCUCUACAGACGACUCCGAAACCCUCACGCCGCUCGAGCAAGAAGUGCUCGACGAAUACGCACGGCUCCUGGGCAAUCUGAACAACAUGUCGACGCUGCUGUCCGAGCUCUCGGCCAACCCGUCCGCGGAGAUCCUGGACGCGCUAAGAGGACUGGAGCGCAAAACGAGUCUGGUGUUUACGCUGCUGAAGGCGAGCGUGUAUAGUAUUGUGUUGAAUCAGCAGAUUCGGGAGGAUGGGCCGGGGGGUGGUGGGGAGGGAGUGGGGAUGGGGGAUAGUAGGGGGAGUGUGCUUUGA